GUGGAAAUAAAGCCACAAAGAAGAGAUCGCAGUAGUUGUACGGAUGGAUUCAUGGUGGUCCACCUGCACAUAGACUAGAAGCUACACGAAACCGGCUUUUUCUUCCAGCUUAUUUGUGUUACUGGCGCUAAGUAUGACGGAAAUGUUUUCAACUCUCUUCGGGCAAAAUGAAGCUCAGGGACCGCCCGGAUCUUCGUCAUUGGGUUUCGGACCAGGGAAACCUCCACCGCCUAUGCCGCAAAAUCAGGUCUCCAUGGCGGGGCAAAUGCCACCACAGCUCGUGGAGGAAGGGCCUGCUCUGCGCAAACCCGGAGCCAUGAAUGAGCCUUUCUACUUAUUACGAGAGCUUCCUGUUGGAAACGAAUUAACGGGCAACACCAACCUCAUCACGCACUACAACUUGGAACACGCCUACAACAAAUUCUGUGGGAAGAAAGUGAAGGAGAAGCUCAGCAACUUUCUGCCAGAGUUACCGGGUAUGAUUGACUGUCCGGGGACCCAGGACGGCAGCUCAUUGCGAUCUCUUAUUGAUAAACCUCCAGUGUGUGGGAACUCCUUCAGCCCACUGACGGGCGCUCUGCUCACAGGCUUCAGACUACACACAGGACCGCUUCCAGAACAGUACAGACUGAUGCACAUACAGCCUCCAAAGAAGAAAAGCAAACACAAGCACAAGCACCAUCGACCACAAGACCCAUUACCACAAGAAACUCCAUCAGACUCUGAUCCUAAAAAGAAGAAGAAGAAGAGAGACGAUGAUCCCGAUCGCAAGAAAAAGAAGAAAGACAAGAAAAAGAAAAAGAACCGCCACAGUCCCGACCACCCCGGCCUCGCUGGAUCACAACCCAACAGCAACAGUCUCAGAUAGAGAGGAGUCCACUGUGCACAUGCCUGUGUUUGAAUGUGUGAGUUUUGUAAGAGGACAAGUGUGUGUUUUACAGGUAAUUGUAUUAUUAAGAGUAUGUAUAAUGAGAGACGUAAAUGACUGAUGUGUGUGAGUGUGAGCAGUGAAACAGUGGAUUUGGGUGAUGAUACAGAGCUGUGUAAACGGCAGAUGAGCUUUGUGGUGUUUUGGAUGACUGAGCAAUCACCGUAUGUAUGUCUCAAUUUAAUUUUGUUUAUCUUUUGACCAUAAUGCCAAAAUAAAACAAACUUUGGUUAUUA